GAAACAUGAUAGAUUCUGAGAUUAAACAUUAAACACAAAAUGAUUCUGAAUCUUAGACACUACCAAAAGUUUAUUAUACAUUCUGGUCCUUUGGUAGAUGUCGAGAUGAUUCUGAGUUGAAAAUAACACAUUGUGGUUCAUCUGCAAGGGCUCUUUUGUUUGCUCAGUUGAUGUGCCUUUUUUCUAAGUUUUCAGUACCAUAGUCAGGCCUCUCUCUCUCUCUGUUAAAAGAGUUUAUUUGUAGUCAAAACUAAGUUGGUACUAAAUGUGGCAUAUUGUAGGAGUAGCUGAUAUAUAUUUCUUGUUUUUCCUUAGAUUGAUUCUUUCAAAGAAUUCUAUUCAUAAGCCUUUUGUAUUCCUUCAGUUUGAUCUAGAUCUGUUUAAUACUCAGUAAAAAUGUUCCACCAACAAAAGAAGAAAAAGAUUUGUUUUCCUUCUUCUUGUUGUUAGUUCUUUUUCCACAAAAAAAUCCAUAUGUUACUUUCAAAACUUAAAAAGUUCACAACUUUACAUGAAAUAGUAACUGGUGUCCAUAAUGAACCAUCUUUCUCUAAAUUUACAACAAAGAAAAACUAUAGAGCAUCUGUCAUAUGGGACAAGAACCAAGAGGAGGAGGAAGAGAGCAAAUAUUCAAAUAUACUGCGUAAAUGUGUCGAGACAUCAAAAUUAGAUAACGCCAAAGCCAUUCAGGCGAAACUGCUGAAAAACCCGGGCAGCACGUCUUCGCUAUACUUACACAACAAUCUUCUAAAUGCUUAUGUGAAAUGUGGUGACACCACGAACGGGCUCAAACUGUUUGAUGAAAUGACUCAGAGAAAUGUGGUAACUUGGACUGCCCUCAUUGCUGGCUAUGUGCAAAAGGGCUUUGCUAACGAAGCUUUCUCUUUGUUUACCCGUAUGCACAGGAGUGGAACGAUGCCUAACGAGUUCACUUUUGUGAGUGCCCUCCACGCUUGCUCGUUUGAGGAUAGAUUAAACUUGAUUAAUGCAUACCAAGUAUAUGGACUAAUCACAAGACUUGGGUUCGAGUCUAAUGUUUACUUAGUGAAUGCUUUUUUAACGACUUUGAUUAGGCACGGUAGAUUAGAUGAAGCAUUAAAGGUUUUCGAGCGAUGUUCCAAUAAAGAUAUUGUUACUUGGAAUGCAAUGCUAGGUGGUUGCAUGCAAUUUUGUUGCUCAGAGGUACCAAGGCUUUGGUACAGGAUGAUCCGCGAAGGAGUAGUACCAGAUAAAUUCAGUUUUGCUAGUGUUCUUACUGGGUUAGCAGAGGUUUCCGAUCUUGAUUUAGGUGUCCAAGUUCAUGCCCAGCUUGUUAAGUCGGGUCAUGGAAGUGAGAUCUGUGUAGGGAACUCUUUGGUGGAUAUGUAUUUGAAAAAUCGAAGCUUGGGUGCGGGUUUCAAGGCGUUCAAAGAGAUCCAUUUUAAAGACGUUUGUUCCUGGACGCAAAUGGCAGCAGGGUGUUUGAACUGCGACGAGCCAAUUGAAGCUCUAAGGGUCAUUGGAGAAAUGAGGAGGACAGGAGUAAUGCCUAAUAAGUUUACUCUAGCUACUGCGUUUAGUGCAUGUGCCAAUACAGCCUCUUUCAAAGAAGGGGAGAAAGUUCAUGGCUUGAGGGUCAAACUUGGGGAUGACAUUGAUGUUUGUGUAGAUAAUGCAUUGCUUGACAUGUACGCGAAAUGUGGUUGCAUGGACGGGGCAUUCAUGGUUUUUCAGUCGAUGAGUGAGCACACUACAGUUUCAUGGACCACUAUGAUUAUGGGCUAUGCGCAAAACGGAUAUCCUAGUAAAGCUCUUGAAACUUUCCAUCAGAUGAGGGAGGAAGGGGCAGAGCCUAACUAUAUUACCUUCAUAUGUGUGCUUUAUGCUUGCAGCGAAGGAGGACUUAUCAAUGAGGGAUGGAAGUAUUUCACUUCAAUGAGUGAUGACUAUGGUAUUCUCCCUGGAGAAGAUCACUAUGCUUGUAUGGUGAAUCUCCUUGGACGUGCUGGACGCGUUAGAGAAGCUGAGGAAUUAAUCUUGAGUAUGCCCUUUCAACCUGGUUUAUUGGUCUGGCAAACCUUGCUUGGGGCAUCCCGGCUUCAUGGGGAUAUGGAAACUGCAAAGCGAGCAGCAGAACGAGCAUUACAAGUCGACAAAGUUGAUCCUUCAAUCUAUGUGUUAUUGUCCAACACAUUUGCUGGUUUGCAAAAUUGGGAUGGUGUUGGAACUGUGAGGGAAUUGAUGCAUAGAAGGGAUGUCAAGAAAGUUCCUGGCUCCAGUUGGUUUUAAAUGUCAAGAAAGAAUCCUAUGGUGUAACUUUUAUUCUUCUAGCUUGAAUGAUGAAUCAGUCGCAAAAAUAUCCGUUUUAUCGACUCAUCAAGUUCCCAUUGUGAUAGGAUCAACACGAGGAAAAACACUUGCCAUUCGUUGGCUAUAAUGUUUGUCUUGCAAGAACCUGUAUAGGCUGUAUUUGGCCUUUUUAUUUUUGGAUCUUCCUGUUGGUGCUGUUCUUUGCUCUUGAUUGCAAAUAAAUCUCAGAAUACUUCUCUA